GCUAGUCUCAUCAUCCCCCACCACCAAGGUGUCACUUUAGGCAGCUAGCUCUCAGCCUUACCUUGCGUUUAAUUGAACCAUUUUGAUACACAUUUCCGCUUGACAUCUCGGGACGUUUGGUGCCAUGAAGGGAAUUAGGGUUUUUGUGGUUUUCUUGGUGCUUUCUGCGUCUCUGCUGUGCACAGCCGAAGCGGCCAGGAGCAGGACCAGCAACCAGAACAGCUUCCGACGGGCAGCUAACGGCAUCUACCAGACUCUGAGCAGUGUUUUCGGAGAGGACAACAUUAGAGGGUUAUACAAGUUCUUCUCCAAAACGACGGAGCGGUUUGUCCAUGGAGUGGACUCUUUUCUCGACACGAUCUGGAAGAUCUGGUCAGAUUUGUUGGAUGUCAUGGGCAUCGACUCCUCAAACCUCAGCCACUACUUCAGCCCCACAUCUCUCACCAACUCUCCGGCGCGCGCCCUGCUCUUGGUUGCCGCCGUACUUGUGGCCUACUGGUUCCUUUCCAUGUUCUUGGGGGGUUUCUUUUACCUGCUGCACGCUGUGUUCGGCCGCUUCUUCUGGCUAGCACGCGUCGCGCUCUUUGCCCUGUCCUGUCUCUAUAUCCUGCAGAAGUUUGAGGGCGACCCUGAGCGUGCGGUGCUGCCACUUUGCUUCAUUAUGGCGGUGUACUUCAUGACGGGGCCUGUGGGAGCGUACUGGCGUCGAGGUGGGGCGGGUUCACUGGAAGAGAAAAUCGACCACCUGGACACUCAGAUCCGGCUGCUUAACAUCAGGCUGAGCCGCGUCAUAGACGGCCUGGAACGCACCGGGGACCAGUAGGGAGCAGCAAGGAUAAGGGGGAGGGAGGGGGAUGUUGUACAACCCGCUGCAGUUGAUGUCAGAAUGUGGUUUCCUGUACACAUCUGCAGUAACACAACUACUGUAUUUACAACUCUAUGGAUCAGAUGGGAGACAAAUCUAGAUUUGAAAACCGUAUUUAAACUGCUUGAGUUGAUUUUAGUUACAGAAUACCUGCAAAUCCUCAGAGGUGUGGACAGUUGACUUGGAUCUUACGCAAAUCAACCUUCCUAACAACAAUUUUCCUUUAUGCUUGCCUCAAGGCUUUAAUUGAAAGGUUUUUGCUACAUCUGUGAGGAAGAAAUCAGAGAUGUCCAUGGUUUUCUAAAUGCUGGCCCAAUUCUACACCUCAGCUAUUUUUAAAAAAAACUCCCGUGUUGGGGUUUGAAUUUUUGGCGUUUGGAUAAGCAUUGUCAAUGCUUUUGCUAAAUGAAUAAUCCUAUUUUAUGUAUGUUUGUUUAUUUCUAUCCUUGUGAAUAACCUGGGGGUUACCAUAUGUGCACAGGUUUGUCCACAAACAUGUAUUCCCCUUUUCGAAACUAUUGAAGUAGGAAAGGGGUUGGGCAAUGCAAACAUGUUAUUUCUAAUUUGUAAAAAUCCUCAAGAUGGUUGAUCACAGUAAGAUUUAUUUAUUCCAUUUUCCAUCCAAACUGUUGAAAUCAUAGAGCUAGUUUGUUUCAGUAAGGUACCGUCCAAUAGUGGCAAUAGUUUGACAUCAGGACCUCUUUUUCAUUAUGUGUGUGGGUGCAUGAGGAAAUUCAUCUGGGUGACCCACUCAAAUCUGUGUGCGUGUGCGUUUCAAGCUUAUGAAAUGGGUAUCAAAAAGUCAUCGUAAAACUAGCAGAAAGUGCAGACAGGCAGCAAUAUCUCAGGGACUCAACUAACAACAGAUAUAGAAUUGGAAACGAGAUAUCAAGUAUAUUAAAAUCAUGUCUUAGUCUCUGAGUCACUUCCGUUUUUCAGAUAUAGUUUGAAAUCUGUCUCAGUAACUAACAAUACUUAUUGAUAAAUGGGUUUGUGUUCUUGCAUCAUGUUGAAGUUGCAAACUUUGAUUAUUAUCUGAAGUCAAGACCAAAUGCAUCUUUUUGAUGUUAGAGUGGAAUUAUUGUAAGGACUUCAACUGCAGCUAGUGGUUUAAAAUGGCUUUCAACUGGUGGGAAAGCAUUAACUUUAGACUGUGUGAAUGCAAAAAGCAAAUUCUCCACAGAAGUGGUUUAGGCGUUAAAAUUAUAAAUCACACUGGCUUGAAGUAUGUCUUACGUCAUUUAGGAUGAGGAUUUUUAGUGUAAACAGGAUCAAUUUCUAAACAUGAUUACACAUUAAAUUAGGUCGAGUGCCUUUGAUCCUGUAACAAAAAUACAAGCUUGUAACUGUACAACCCCAUUUGACCCUGCAUUUGCAAAUGUACAUUUGAAGCUGUAUAUUUUAAUUGUUUCAUGUUAUGUGAUAAUGUGAUAUCUUUUCCUAGUAACUUAAUGAGAGAUUUACAACCAGCGUGUUACAUACAGUAUAACAUAAUAUUAAAACUGCUUGAGACAUAGUCUUGGUGUGCAUCACUGUAGCCAACUCUAGUUUCAGAGGGCUUUUUAUCUCUUAUUUGUGCCAAUUAUAUUUAUCUCAGCAUGUGUUGUCAUAAAAAAAAAGACUGGGACUUUCCCCUGCCAUGCUUCUCUAUGUGUAACACACAUAUUUCCAUUGGCAAGUUUUUUUUGUAAUUUCAAUUUAUAGAAUCUGGACUCUGUUAACAUUUUGUAUACAAACGACCCUAAUGCUGUGCAAAUUUAGGUGGGAAAUGUUGUGUUUCCCAUGAGAAAGAUUAACAUGAUCAGAGGGCUUUUACAGUUCAUGACACUACUGAGGCCAAAGAACCAACCAGUAUUUAUCCCCCUUGAUAC